AUGGGAGCCCGGGCCGUCGUGGGCACCACGCUGGCCGUGGCCUGUGCCGGCGCUGUCUUCUCGUUCAUGCUGAGACACAAGGACCGCUUUUGGGGAGAGACGGAGGAGUGUCGAGUCAGGGGCAUCGUGGAGGCGAGCAAGCUGCUGGUGGACGAGGCCGUCUACUCCACGAUGAGAAGAAACCUCCACAAAAGAGAAAUCAUUUCUCCGUCACAGCUUCUGUCUUUUUCCAAACUCCCUGAGCCCACCAGCCGCGCUGCGUCCCGGGCGGCGGACAUCAUGGAGGUGUCGGUGCAGGAGGCGAUGAGGAGGGCUCACCUAGGGUCUGCACCGUCUGGGCCGCCCACAGAUGUUUUAUCAGAAGAUCUACUGAAAAUGAUUGCAAACCUGUCUGGAUGCCAGCCCUACAUGCUUCCCCCCAGAUGUCCAAACACCUGCCUGGCAAACAAGUACAGGCUCAUCACGGGCGCCUGCAACAACAGAGACCACCCUAGGUGGGGAGCCGCCAACACAGCCCUGGCCAGGUGGCUGCCCCCCGCCUACGAAGACGGCAUCAGCGAACCCAGAGGCUGGAACCCACACUUCCUGUACAACGGGUUCCCCCUACCCCCGGUCCGGGAGGUGAGCAGGCAGGUCAUCCACGUUUCCAACGAGGCUGUGACGGAGGACAGCCAGUACUCUGACCUGCUGAUGGCGUGGGGCCAGUACGCCGACCACGACCUGGCCUUCACGCCACAGAGCGCCAGCCACGCUGCCUUCGGGGGCGGGGCCGACUGCCAGCGGACCUGUGAGAACCGAAGCCCGUGUUUUCCCAUUCAGCUCCAGGCCAACGCCUCGCCGGCCGCGGGCCCCGCCUGUCUGCCCUUUUACCGCUCGUCACCCACCUGCGGCUCUGGGACCCAAGGCGCCCUCUUCGGCAACGUGUCCUGGGCGAGCCCGCGCCAGCAGAUGAACGGGCUGACCUCGUUCCUGGACGCGUCCACCGUGUACGGCAGCUCCCCGGCCUCGGAGCGGCGUCUGCGGAACUGGACCAGCGCCGAGGGGCUGCUGCGCGUCAACGCGCGCUACCGGGACGCCGCGGGCCGCGCCUUCCUGCCCUUCGCGCCGCCGCCCGCGCCCCCGGCCUGCGCGCCCCAGCCCGGCGCCCCCGGGGCCCGCGCGCCCUGCUUCCUGGCCGGCGACGGCCGCGCCAGCGAGGUCCCCGCCCUGGCGGCCCUGCACACGCUGUGGCUGCGCGAGCACAACCGCCUGGCCGCCGCGCUCAAGGCCCUCAACGCGCACUGGAGCGCGGACACCGCCUACCAGGAAGCGCGCAAGGUGGUGGGCGCCCUGCACCAGAUCAUCACCCUGCGGGAUUACGUGCCCAAAAUCCUGGGCCCCGAGGCCUUCGAGCGGCACGUGGGCCCCUACAGGGGCUACGACCCCGCCGUGGACCCUACGGUGUCCAACGUGUUCUCCACGGCCGCCUUCCGCUUCGGACACGCCACGGUCCGCCCGCUGGUGCGGCGGCUGGACGCCCGCUUCCAGGAGCGCCUGGGGCUCCUGCCGCUGCGGGAUGCCUUUUUCCGGCCCUGGCGGCUCCUUGAGGAAGGUUACAACGAGUGGCGGGAAUUCUGCGGCUUGUCCCGGCUGGAGACCCGGGCCGACCUGAGAGCCGCCACCAGCAACAGGAGUGUGGCUGACAAGAUCCUGGGCCUGUACGGGCACCCGGCUAACGUGGACGUGUGGCUCGGGGGCUUAGCCGAGAGAGUCCUCCCCGGGGCGCGGACCGGCCCGCUCUUUGCCUGCAUCAUCGGGAAGCAAAUGAGGAAGCUGAGGGACGGUGACCGGUUCUGGUGGGAGAACCAGGCGGUGUUCACGGAAGCCCAGAGGCAGGAGCUGGGCCGGCACUCUCUGUCCCGCGUCAUCUGCGACAACACCGGCCUCUCCCGCGUGCCACGCGAUGCCUUCCGGGUCGGGACGUGGCCCCGGGAGUUCGAGUCGUGCGCCAGCAUCCCGGGGAUGAACCUGGGCGCGUGGAGGGAGGCCCCUCCUCCAGAGGAUGCCUGUGGCUUCCCGGACAAAGUGGAGGACGGGGACUUCCUGCUGUGUGAGGAGUCUGGAAGGCGCGUGCUGGUGUUUUCCUGUCGCCAUGGAUUCCAGCUCCGAGGGCCGGAGCAAAUUGCCUGCACCCGCCGAGGAUGGGAUUCCCAGCCUCCGGUCUGUAAAGACAUCGACGAGUGUGAAGACGAGACGGGACCCCCGUGCCACGCGUCCGCCCGGUGCGAGAACACCAAGGGCGGCUUCCAGUGCGAGUGCACCGACCCCUACGUGCUCGGCGAGGACGGCAGGACCUGCGUGGACUCUGGGAGGCUCCCGCGGGCGUCCACGGUCUCCAUCGUGCUGGGCGCCGUGCUCAUCUGUGGCCUGGCCGGCCUCACCUGGAUGGUGGUUUGCAGGUGGUAA